UUUGACUUGUGAAAAACAAAUCAAGAAAGAUCAUUAAAAUUGAACCAAUUGCCCAAUGGCUUCUUAUCAUUCUUCCUUAGUUCUUUGUUUGGUCAUUUUUGUCUUUUGCUCUUUGCAUUAUAGUUUGGCUUAUGGUAAUUUCAAUCAAGAUUUUGAUGUUACAUGGGGAGAUGGUAGGGCAAAAGUUUUAAACAAUGGCAAACUUCUUACUCUUUCCCUUGACAAAGCCUCUGGUUCUGGUGUUAAAUCCAAGAAAGAAUAUUUGUUUGGAAGGAUUGAUAUGCAACUUAAGCUCGUGCGUAAUAAUUCAGCUGGUACAGUUACAACAUAUUAUUUAUCAUCACAAGGGUCAACACAUGAUGAGAUAGAUUUUGAAUUCUUGGGAAACCUUAGUGGAGAUCCUUAUAUUGUUCACACAAAUGUGUACACUCAAGGCAAAGGUGACAGAGAACAACAAUUCUACUUAUGGUUUGAUCCCACUGUAGAUUUUCAUACAUACUCCAUUCUUUGGAAUCCACAAACAAUUAUAUUUUAUGUGGAUGGCACACCAAUAAGAGUGUUCAAGAAUAUGAAGUCAAGUGGAGUAGCUUACCCAAAUAACCAACCUAUGAGGGUGUAUGCAAGUCUAUGGAAUGCAGAUGAUUGGGCCACAAGGGGUGGGCUUGUUAAAACAGAUUGGUCCAAUGCUCCAUUUAUAGCUUCCUUUAGAAAUUUCAAAGACAUUAAUGCUUGUGUUUGGGAAUUUGGAAAAUCCUCAUGCACAAAUUCAACAAAGCCAUGGUUCUCUCAACAACUUGAUUCUACAACCCAAGCUAGAUUACAAUGGGUGCAAAACAACUAUAUGAUUUAUAAUUAUUGUAAUGAUAUUAAUAGGUUCCCUCAAGGCCUUCCUCUAGAAUGCACUUUCACCUCUACAACUAGUUAAUUAUAGGUUUUAAGACACUUCUAUAAUGUACUUACUUUUAAAGAAUUUGACAUGCAUUAGUCAGCAUUUAUGAGAAAUAUUGAUUUUAUCAGUGAUCUUGGUAAUUAAUUAUUAUAUUCCCUUGUAAUUUACUAAAUUCAUUUUCACAUAUAAUAAAUUUUGAAAUAGGAUCAUGUAAUGAAAUGUACUAUUGACAAU